AUGUCUCUGCAGCUGGUGCUGACCCCAUGCCAUCUCCAGACCCGUGCAUACUGCUGGGUCAUGGGCCCUUCCCUGGAGGAUCCCCACAUCACCUCACGGAUACCUCUGGCAGUGAAUCCGGGGAGUCCCAGAGCUGUGCUCUUCCCUGGGGCCUUGUUCAUCCUGCAGGGGUCUGUGUCUGUGCGGAGUCCAGUUCUGGCCUGUCCCCCUGUCCCCCAUGAGUUUAGCCUUGGAGAGACCAUGUACCGCAGGUCCUUCUCCGCCCUGGCCUCAGCCGCCACCUCCAGGAAGUCCUCACUGAUUGCCCACCCCAACCUGUUCUUUAGGGGAAUCCUGCAGGGAGGGUUGGGGAAGCAACCGUCAAAGUUCCACGCAGGCGAGGGGGACGACGGCGGGGGCUACACGGUGGAGGUGAGCAUCAACGACUACCUGGACAUCUACUGCCCGCACUACGGGGCGCCGCUGCCACCGGCCGAGCGCAUGGAGCACUACGUGCUGUACAUGGUCAACGGCGAGGGCCACGCCUCCUGCGACCACCGCCAGCGCGGCUUCAAGCGCUGGGAGUGCAACCGGCCGGCCGCGCCCGGGGGGCCGCUCAAGUUCUCGGAGAAGUUCCAGCUCUUCACGCCCUUCUCCCUGGGCUUCGAGUUCCGGCCCGGCCACGAGUAUUACUACAUCUCGGCCACGCCUCCUAAUGCUGUGGACCGGCCCUGCCUACGACUGAAGGUGUAUGUGCGGCCCACCAAUGAGACCCUGUACGAGCCUCCUGAGCCGAUCUUCACCAGCAAUAACUCGUGCAGCCGCCUAGGCGGCUGCCGCCUCUUCCUCAGCACCAUGCCCCUGCUCUGGACCCUCCUGGGCUCCUAG